CUUCCGGUAGGGGCAUGUAGGGUCAAGGAGCCCUGUUAGUCACUUCUGUGCGACUGAUGUUUUUAUUUCCGGUCCAUGGGACCAGGCUUGGAUUUGCUGCGGUCCGCAGUCGCUGCCGGCAGUACUGCCGCCAUCAUGUCCGACACGGACAGCGAUGAAGAUUCUGCUGGAGGCGGCCCAUUUUCUUUAACCGGUUUCCUUUUCGGCAACAUCAAUGGAGCUGGGCAGCUGGAGGGGGAAAACGUCUUGGACGAUGAGUGUAAGAAGCACCUGGCAGGCUUGGGAGCUUUGGGUCUGGGCAGCCUGAUCACUGAACUCACUGCAAAUGAAGAAUUGACAGGGACUGACAGUGCCUUGGUAAAUGAUGAAGGUUGGAUUAGAAGUACAGAAGAUGCUGUGGACUAUUCAGACAUCAAUGAGGUAGCAGAAGAUGAAAGCCGAAGAUAUCAGCAGACAAUGGGGAGCUUGCAGCCCCUUUGCCACUCAGAUUAUGAUGAAGAUGACUAUGAUGCUGAUUGUGAAGACAUUGAUUGCAAGUUGAUGCCUCCUCCACCUCCACCACCAGGACCAGUGAAGAAAGAUAAGGACCAGGAUGCUAUUACUGGUGUGUCUGAAGAUGGAGAAGGCAUCAUCUUGCCCUCCAUCAUUGCCCCUUCCUCUUUGGCCUCAGAAAAAGUGGACUUCAGUAGUUCCUCUGACUCAGAAUCUGAGAUGGGACCUCAGGAAGCAACACAGGCAGAAUCUGAGGAUGGAAAGCUGACCUUACCAUUGGCUGGGAUUAUGCAGCACGAUGCCACCAAGUUGUUGCCGAGUGUCACAGAACUUUUUCCAGAGUUUCGGCCUGGAAAGGUGUUACGGUUCUUACGUCUUUUUGGACCAGGGAAGAAUGUCCCAUCAGUUUGGCGGAGUGCUCGGAGAAAGAGAAAAAAGAAGCAUCGGGAGCUGAUACAGGAAGAACAGAUCCAGGAAGUGGAGUGUUCAAUAGAAUCAGAAGUCAACCAGAAGUCUUUGUGGAACUAUGACUAUGCUCCACCACCACCUCCAGAGCAGUGUCUCUCUGAUGAUGAAAUUACAAUGAUGGCUCCUGUGGAGUCCAAGUUCUCCCAGUCAACUGGAGAUAUAGAUAAAGUGACAGAUACCAAACCAAGAGUGGCUGAGUGGCGUUAUGGGCCUGCCCGACUGUGGUAUGAUAUGCUAAGUGUCCCUGAAGAUGGCAGUGGAUUUGACUAUGGCUUCAAAUUGAGAAAGACUGAACAUGAACCUGUGAUAAAAUGUGGAAUGAUGGAGGAAUUUAGGAAACUUGAGGAAAGCAAUGGCACUGAUCUUCUGGCUGAUGAAAACUUCCUGAUGGUGACACAGCUGCAUUGGGAGGAUGAUAUCAUCUGGGAUGGGGAGGAUGUCAAACACAAAGGGACAAAACCUCAGCGUGCAAGCCUGGCAGGCUGGCUUCCUUCCAGUAUGACUAGGAAUGCUAUGGCUUACAAUGUUCAACAAGGUUUUACAGCUACUCUGGAUGAUGACAAACCUUGGUAUUCCAUUUUCCCCAUUGACAAUGAGGAUCUGGUGUAUGGACGCUGGGAGGACAAUAUUAUUUGGGAUGCACAGGCUAUGCCCCGGCUGUUGGAGCCUCCGGUUUUGACACUUGAUCCCAAUGAUGAAAACCUCAUUUUGGAGAUUCCUGAUGAGAAGGAGGAGGCUACUUCUAAUUCUCCCUCUAAGGAGAGUAAGAAAGAAUCAUCUCUAAAGAAGAGUCGAAUUCUCUUAGGGAAAACAGGAGUCAUUAAGGAAGAACCACAGCAGAACAUGUCUCAGCCAGAAGUGAAAGAUCCCUGGAAUCUCUCCAAUGAUGAGUAUUAUUACCCCAAGCAACAGGGUCUUCGAGGUACUUUCGGAGGGAAUAUUAUUCAGCACUCAAUUCCUGCUGUGGAAUUACGACAGCCAUUCUUCCCCACACACAUGGGCCCCAUCAAACUUCGGCAGUUUCAUCGCCCUCCUCUGAAAAAGUAUUCCUUUGGAGCACUAUCUCAGCCAGGUCCCCACUCAGUCCAGCCUUUGCUAAAACACAUAAAAAAGAAGGCCAAGAUGAGAGAACAAGAGAGGCAAGCUUCCGGUGGUGGAGAGAUGUUUUUUAUGCGCACACCUCAGGACCUCACAGGCAAAGAUGGAGAUCUUAUUCUUGCAGAAUACAGUGAGGAAAAUGGACCUUUAAUGAUGCAAGUUGGCAUGGCAACCAAGAUAAAAAACUAUUAUAAACGGAAACCUGGAAAAGAUCCUGGAGCUCCAGAUUGUAAAUAUGGGGAAACUGUUUACUGCCAUACAUCUCCUUUUCUGGGCUCUCUCCAUCCUGGCCAAUUACUACAGGCAUUUGAGAACAACCUUUUUCGUGCUCCAAUUUAUCUUCAUAAGAUGCCAGAAACUGACUUCCUGAUCAUUCGGACAAGACAGGGUUACUAUAUUCGGGAAUUAGUAGAUAUUUUUGUGGUUGGACAGCAGUGCCCCUUGUUUGAAGUUCCUGGGCCUAACUCCAAAAGGGCCAAUACGCACAUUCGAGACUUCCUCCAGGUUUUUAUUUACCGCCUCUUUUGGAAGAGUAAAGAUCGGCCUCGGCGCAUCCGAAUGGAAGAUAUAAAAAAAGCCUUUCCUUCCCAUUCAGAAAGCAGCAUCCGGAAGAGGUUAAAGCUCUGUGCUGACUUCAAACGCACAGGGAUGGACUCAAACUGGUGGGUACUGAAAUCUGAUUUUCGUUUACCAACUGAAGAGGAGAUAAGAGCCAUGGUGUCACCAGAGCAGUGCUGUGCUUAUUAUAGCAUGAUAGCUGCAGAGCAGCGACUGAAGGAUGCUGGCUAUGGUGAGAAGUCCUUUUUUGCUCCAGAAGAAGAAAAUGAGGAAGAUUUUCAGAUGAAGAUUGAUGAUGAAGUUCGCACUGCUCCUUGGAAUACCACAAGAGCAUUCAUUGCUGCCAUGAAGGGCAAAUGUCUCCUAGAGGUGACAGGGGUGGCUGAUCCCACAGGUUGUGGUGAAGGAUUCUCUUAUGUGAAGAUUCCAAACAAACCAACACAGCAGAAGGAUGAUAAGGAGCCUCAGCCAGUGAAGAAGACAGUGACGGGAACAGAUGCAGACCUUCGUCGCCUUUCUCUGAAAAAUGCAAAGCAACUUCUACGUAAAUUUGGUGUGCCUGAAGAAGAGAUUAAGAAGUUAUCCCGCUGGGAAGUGAUCGACGUGGUACGUACAAUGUCAACAGAACAGGCCCGCUCUGGAGAGGGGCCCAUGAGUAAAUUUGCGCGUGGAUCAAGGUUUUCUGUGGCUGAGCAUCAAGAACGUUACAAAGAGGAAUGUCAGCGCAUCUUUGACCUACAAAAUAAAGUUUUGUCAUCAACUGAAGUCUUAUCAACUGACACGGACAGUAGCUCAGCUGAAGACAGUGACUUUGAAGAAAUGGGAAAGAAUAUUGAGAACAUGUUACAGAACAAGAAAACCAGCUCUCAACUGUCACGUGAGCGGGAGGAGCAGGAGCGGAAGGAACUACAGCGGAUGCUACUGGCAGCAGGCUCAGCAGCAUCAGGAAACAAUCACAGAGAUGAUGACACUGCUUCUGUGACUAGCCUUAACUCUUCUGCCACUGGCCGCUGUCUCAAGAUUUAUCGUACAUUUCGAGAUGAAGAGGGGAAAGAGUAUGUUCGCUGUGAGACAGUCCGAAAACCAGCUGUCAUUGAUGCCUAUGUACGCAUAAGGACCACAAAAGAUGAGGAAUUCAUUCGAAAAUUUGCCCUUUUUGAUGAACAGCAUCGAGAAGAGAUGCGAAAAGAAAGACGGAGGAUUCAAGAGCAAUUGAGAAGGCUUAAGCGGAACCAGGAAAAGGAGAAGCUUAAGGGGCCUCCUGAGAAGAAGCCAAAAAAAAUGAAGGAGCGUCCUGACCUAAAACUGAAAUGUGGAGCAUGUGGUGCCAUUGGGCACAUGAGGACAAAUAAAUUCUGUCCCCUUUAUUAUCAAACAAAUGCUCCACCUUCUAACCCUGUUGCCAUGACAGAGGAACAGGAAGAGGAAUUGGAAAAGACAGUCAUUCAUAAUGAUAAUGAAGAACUUAUCAAGGUGGAAGGAACCAAGAUUGUCUUGGGGAAACAAUUAAUUGAAAGUGCAGAUGAGGUUCGCAGAAAAUCUCUGGUUCUCAAGUUCCCUAAACAGCAACUUCCUCCCAAGAAGAAACGACGUGUUGGAACCACUGUUCACUGUGACUAUUUGAAUAGACCUCAUAAAUCCAUCCACAGGCGCCGGACAGACCCUAUGGUGACACUGUCAUCCAUCUUGGAGUCUAUCAUCAAUGACAUGAGAGAUCUUCCAAAUACAUACCCUUUCCACACGCCAGUUAAUGCAAAGGUUGUAAAGGACUACUACAAAAUCAUCACUCGACCAAUGGACCUACAAACACUCCGUGAAAAUGUGCGCAAACGCCUCUAUCCAUCUCGGGAAGAGUUUAGAGAACAUUUGGAGCUAAUCGUAAAAAAUAGUGCAACCUACAAUGGUCCAAAGCACUCAUUGACCCAGAUUUCUCAAUCCAUGCUGGAUCUCUGUGAUGAAAAACUCAAAGAGAAAGAAGAUAAAUUGGCUCGUUUAGAGAAAGCUAUCAAUCCCUUGCUUGAUGAUGAUGAUCAAGUGGCAUUUUCCUUCAUUCUAGACAACAUUGUCACCCAAAAAAUGAUGGCAGUUCCAGACUCCUGGCCAUUUCAUCACCCAGUUAAUAAGAAGUUUGUUCCAGAUUAUUACAAAGUGAUUGUCAAUCCAAUGGAUUUAGAGACUAUACGUAAGAAUAUCUCCAAGCACAAGUACCAGAGUCGGGAGAGCUUUCUAGAUGAUGUAAACCUUAUUCUGGCCAACAGUGUUAAGUACAAUGGGCCUGAGAGUCAGUAUACUAAGACUGCUCAGGAAAUUGUGAAUGUCUGUUACCAGACUUUGACUGAGUAUGAUGAACAUUUGACUCAACUUGAGAAGGAUAUUUGUACAGCUAAAGAAGCGGCUUUGGAGGAAGCAGAAUUAGAAAGCCUAGACCCAAUGACCCCAGGGCCCUACACGCCUCAGGCUAAGCCUCCUGAUUUGUAUGAUACCAACACAUCCCUCAGUAUGUCUCGAGAUGCCUCUGUAUUUCAAGAUGAGAGCAAUAUGUCUGUCCUGGAUAUUCCCACUGCUACUCCAGAAAAGCAGAUAGCACAGGAAGGUGAAGAAGGAGAUGGUGAUCUUGCAGAUGAAGAAGAAGGAACUGUGCAACAGCCUCAAGCCAGUGUCCUAUAUGAGGACUUGCUUAUGUCUGAAGGAGAAGAUGAUGAGGAAGAUGCUGGGAGUGAUGAAGAAGGAGACAAUCCUUUCUCUGCUAUUCAGUUGAGUGAAAGUGGAAGUGACUCAGAUGUGGCAUCUGGUGGUAUAAGACCCAAACAGCCCCGCCUGCUUCAGGAGAACACAAGGAUGGGCAUGGAAAAUGAAGAAAGCAUGAUGUCCUAUGAGGGAGACGGUGGGGAGGCUUCCCAUGGUUUGGAGGAUAGCAACAUCAGUUAUGGGAGCUAUGAGGAGCCUGAUCCCAAGUCGAACACCCAAGACACAAGCUUCAGCAGCAUCGGUGGGUAUGAGGUAUCAGAGGAGGAAGAAGAUGAGGAGGAAGAGCAGCGCUCUGGGCCGAGUGUACUAAGCCAGGUCCACCUGUCAGAGGACGAGGAGGACAGUGAGGAUUUCCACUCCAUUGCUGGGGACAGUGACUUGGACUCUGAUGAAUGAGGCUUCCUUUGGGCCUCUUUGGUCAGCUUUCCCUCCAGCCUAGGUGGCUCACCUUUGCCCAAUUUGUUCAUAUUUGUACAGUGUCUGAUCCUGAAAUCACCAGAUUAACUAACACCUUAGCCUUUAAUAAUAGGUAAAUGAUACUAAAUCACCUCUCCUGAUCUUCUCGGGCAAUGUCACCCUUUGAUUUGAAACAAAGCAACCUGCUUCCUCCCCUACUACUACCAAAAAGAGAGAGCAAGCUCACUCUUUUCUAGUGCCCUCAUUUAACUCCAUUUAUUACUUUUGAUAUACUUUUUCCCUGGGGAAGGAGGAGAAAUUAUGAAAGGAUUAAUAAUUUUAUGUCCUCUUGGUAUAUUAGAAAUUUUCCAAGCAUGGUAUUAUUUCAACUUUCUAAUUUGCAGGCUGGAAUAGAUGAGAACACUCCUGCUGGAACAGAGAAUUGGGUUCUGGUGGGUUUGUACCACACUUUAAAAACAAACCUGUUGGACAGACUGUCCAUUAAUUUAUUAAUUAUUUGAUUAUACAAUGCCUUGUUCCUAAAGAAUUUGAGGCAAAUGACUUAAGUCCUCUGAAACAGCCUGUAUGUCAGAAAUGAUAUGUUGCCAUGUAAAUGUGUUCUGUUCCUCCUCCCUGCCCCCACAGGGGAAAUGGUAGGUAAAUGGUAAGUUCCUUAGGGCAAAGACUGUGUCUUCUGUUUCUUUUCAUGCUUAGGAUAUGGUUCUGUGCAAAAUAGCUGCUCAGUAAAUGUUCCUAGAAUCACUGAACCCUCAAAAGAUGUAUUACUGAGUAUCUGCUCUAUGAUUAGCACUUUAUCAGAUCCUUGGGAUGCAAAGAUAAAUAAGGCACAUUCCUUUUACUCAAAGGGAUAAAGCUGUGGGGGGGGAAUGGGAAUUCAAAAUAUGUUAAUAAAUCAUUAUAGUACUGUGAGAUAAGUGCAAUUAAGAAGCUAGCUAUUAA